UCGUGUCUCUGCCAUCUCCCUUUUAAUUUUACCCUCCAGACUCAACUAAUCCACAUCUCUCUCUUCUUCUCUCUCUCUCUCUCUUUUUAGGCUGCCUUUGAGUUCAGCCUUUGUGUCGGACCACGGUCACUGAAGGCGCUGCUCUCCGGCUAACUUCCAGCAAGCGUCUCCCGAUGGGGACCCUUCCCUCCGACGACGACGAGGAGGAGUUCGUCUCCGACCUCCACGGCGACCAGUGCGGCACCUACAGCCCCAGCGCCGACGUCAGCGAGUCCGACUCCUCCAGCUGCUGCCUACCCUCUGUCUCAUCUACUGCCGUCGCCGCAGGCGCCUCUAGCUCCUUCACCUCUUCGCCCCUCGCGCCUCCCCUCCCCCCUCAUUUCCUCUUCUGGGACCCCAAGUUGGAGAAGAGGCCGACUGAUUUCUCCGAAGUGGAGAUGAUGAAGGAGAGAUUCGCUAAGCUUCUUCUCGGAGAAGACAUGUCCGGCGGUGGGAAAGGAGUCUGCACCGCCCUUGCUAUCUCUAAUGCCAUCACCAAUCUUUCUGCCACCGUGUUUGGGGAGCUGUGGAGAUUGGAGCCCCUGGCGCAGCAGAAGAAGGAAAUGUGGGUGCGGGAGAUGGAUUGGUUGUUGUCUGUGAGUGAUUCCAUUGUGGAACUCAUCCCUUCCAUCCAAGAGUUCCCUGGUGGGGGCACUUUUGAGGUGAUGGUCUCCCAGCCUCGGCCUGACCUCCACAUGAACCUUCCUGCCCUCAAGAAGCUUGACGCCAUGCUUAUUGGGAUUCUGGAUGGGUUCUUGGACACUGAGUUCUGGUACGUGGAUAGGGGGAUUUCGGUUGCUGCUGAUGCAGAUGAGGAUGGGAAUGGAUCCUACCCAUCUUCUUCCUUCGGCAGGCCAUCUUUGCGACAGGAAGACAAAUGGUGGUUACCUUGCCCGAGGGUCCCACCCAAAGGAUUGCCAGAGGAUGCAAGGAAGAGGUUGCAGCAGUGCAGGGACUGUGUGAGUCAGAUACUCAAAGCAGCCAUGGCCAUUAAUAGUGGGGUGCUCAUGGAGAUGGAAAUCCCUGAUGUCUAUAUUGAGACCUUGCCUAAGACUGGAAGAUCAUGCUUGGGUGAGAUAAUAUACCACUAUAUAACGGCUGAACAGUUUUCACCUGAUUGCCUUCUGGAUUGCUUGGACCUUUCAUCCGAACAUCAUACUUUAGAAAUAGCAAAUAGGAUUGAAGCAGCAAUUCAUAUGUGGAGGAUGAAAAGUCAUAGGAGGCAUCCCCAAGUGAAGACCAAAAAGACUUCUUGGAGAGGAAAAGUGAAGGGUCUUGUUGCUGACACUGAAAGAAGUCAAUUUCUGGCAGGACGAGCAGAGUGUCUUCUGCAAAGUUUAAGAAUUCGUUAUCCUGGACUUCCUCAGACUGUUCUUGAUAUGAACAAAAUUCAGUACAAUAAGGAUGUUGGGCAGUCUAUCCUUGAGAGUUAUUCCAGAGUCAUGGAGAGCUUGGCAUUUAACAUCAUGGCCAGAAUUGAUGAUUUGAUCUUUGUGGAUGAUGCAACCGAAAAAUGUGCCACUGCAGAAGCAGUUUCUAUAUUUAACCGGGGAGGAUUAGGACUGCCAGUUCAAAAAAAGAUCUCACCCAGUCCCUUCUCGAUUCAAAACACACCUUAUGCUUCACCCUUUGCAACUCCUGCAUAUUGUUCAACUCCAGUAAGUGGGAGCCCUGGAAGGCUGCAAGAUUCACAAAGCAAGAGAAAUACAUUAAUUCAACCAGAGGCCAAGACAGAUAAGAUCAUCCCGGGUGAUCUGGAGAAGGUAUGGUCAUACACCAGCAAUGUGAGUGCUAGGAAAGAUGCAGGAGAUGCCCCUGAAAGGAACUGACUCAAAACAACGGUUCAGUUGAUACGAAUGCAAGCAUAGAGAGGAAAAUGAUUGUUACCCAUCAAGGUGCUGCUUUGUUUUGUACAGAUGCACAAAUUCAGAUAUCAGGUUUGUUUUGUUUAGAAUUAACUGCAAGUUUGAAUCCCUUUAGUUGUGUAUCGAUCUAUUAUGAGUGCAGCUUAGAUGCUGUUUUGAAGAAAAUUAAAUCUUUAUGAGCCUUUGGUGCAACUUAAAAGCUGACCUUGGUCGAUCCCUGUGUAAAAUUAAAUAAACUCAUUAAAUUUGGGCCUAGUAUAUA